GAUUUAAAAGAAUCGCGGAAGUUAAUUUAAGCUCAAUCAUGUGACUUAGGUUUACCAAGUGGAAGAGGGCGAGAAAAAUGAUCUAGUUUGAUGCCAAGCGUGGGUGCUUCUCAGGCUGAUAUCCUAACCAUGGAGGAGAUUAGAGUAUCCCCUGACUACAAUUGGUUCAGAAGCACCGUCCCUCUGAAAAGAAUCAUAGUGGAUGACGAUGACAGCAAGGUGUGGUCGCUGUACGACGCGGGUCCGAAAAGCGUCAGAUGCCCGAUUAUCUUCCUGCCGCCAGUCAGCGGGACGGCAGAGGUCUUCUUCCAGCAGAUCCUGGCCCUCACUGGCUGGGGCUACAGAGUCAUUUCGCUCCAGUAUCCAGUUUACUGGGAUAUACUGGAAUUUUGUGAUGGGUUCAGGAAACUGCUGGAUCACCUACAGCUAGAUAAGGUGCACAUAUUUGGGGCUUCUUUGGGGGGCUUUCUGGCGCAGAAGUUUGCCGAGUGCACGUACAAAUCUCCCAGAGUGCACUCCCUCAUUCUGUGUAACUCCUUCAGUGAUACCUCCAUCUUUAACCAAACAUGGACAGCAAACAGUUUUUGGCUGAUGCCUGCCUUCAUAUUAAAGAAGAUUGUUCUGGGGAACUUUGCAAAAGGACCGCUCGACCCGAAAAUGGCGCAUGCCAUUGACUUCAUGGUUGAUCGGUUGGAGAGUCUGAACCAAAGUGAACUUGCCUCCCGAUUGACGCUUAACUGCCAGAAUUCAUAUGUGGAGCCUCACAAAAUAAAGGACGUGGCUGUGACCAUUAUGGAUGUGUUCGAUCAGAGUGCACUUUCACACGAAGCUAAAGAGGAGAUGUAUAAACUGUAUCCCAACGCCAGGAGGGCUCACCUCAAAACUGGCGGCAAUUUUCCAUAUCUUUGCCGAAGUGCCGAGGUCAACCUCUACAUACAGAUCCAUCUGCGGCAGUUCCACAGCACCCGAUACGCAGCCAUCAACCCAGCCAUGGUGAGCGCGGCCGAGCUGGAGGUGCGGAGGGCAAGCGUGUGCCCAGGGCAGGAUGGCAAUGAGGAUCUGUAGGGGACAGGAAGGCGGGCCGCUGUGGCCGUGUCGGACAUCACGAGGGUCCCCCUGACCGGCCCAUCCUUAUCCAGUGCUUGGAGAUGCAUCAACAUGUGACCUCUGCGGGGUGGACAUCAGACUUUUUUUUUUUUUCCUGGAAUAUCGGAUAUAAUCUGCCCUGAAACGGAGCCUAUUUUUACUUUGCAGAAAAAUGCUAUUUUAGUAACUAGACAGGGUACAUGAAUUUGUUUACGGAAAAUACCAACUUUUUGUACCUUUUCUGCCUUAUGUUUGCAAUCAAUAUGCACUUUUUUUUCUUCAUUGUGGUGUUUUUGAUAUGUCAGAUAUUUAUCGAUGAGUUGAUGAGAAAAGAGUUUUGCUCUUUGAGGAAUACAACCAAACAAAAUAUUAAAGAUUUUGUUAAACGCC